GGCCGGGGUUCCCCAGUCACGGGUGUCCACGGCCGGCCAGUGACCCUCGGUCUGUGCCUCUCUUUGUAGGGAAGCCGCUGCUGUGGAGCCCCUUCAUCCAGCGGCCGCUGCACAAGAGGAAGGGGGGGCAGGUCCGCUUCUCCAACGACCAGACCAUCGAGUUGGAGAAGAAGUUCGAGACGCAGAAAUACCUCUCCCCGCCGGAGAGGAAGCGCCUGGCCAAGAUGCUGCAGCUCAGCGAGAGGCAGGUCAAAACCUGGUUUCAGAAUCGCAGAGCCAAAUGGAGGCGUCUAAAGCAGGAGAACCCCCAGGCCACCAAAAAAGAAGAAGUAGAAGGUGCUGACAGUCACAGUGACCAAAGGCCGGAGAGCUGCCAGAGCCCCGAGCAGAAGGGUAAGGAGGUCUCUCUGGAUGGCUCACAGUACACCCCCUCACCAGCCUCACAGGAGGACCUGGAGUCAGAUGUCUCUGAUGACUCUGAUCAAGAAGUGGACAUUGAAGGUGAUAAAGGCUAUUACACUGCUGCCCACUAACAGUCCUGUGCAGAGAGCAGACCCUAACUCGGCUUGCACUUUACCAGGGGCUGGUUUGAAAGAAUAUUGUACUACAGGAGAAAACUUUCACCGUUACACUGAAAGAAAAAAGCAUCACCAAAUAGACUAAUUUUAUAAUAAGCAGAGGAAGAAGGAUGUAUUUUCUGCAAGCAGUUCAGUUUUGGUAUUUCUCAUUUGGUUAAAGGACCGUGGUUUGUAUUUAAUUAUUUGUAAAAUAUGUUUGUACAAUAAUCAAUGUUCUAAGUGGAAUAUAAUCCUGCACCCUGUCCUUACUCAUGAUGGUGGAGAGGGUCUGAAUCAGCUGCUGUUGGUGAUCAGGCAAAACUCUAACUAGUGUGGAAGUGAGUAUGGAUUGCAGGACUAAGACCUUUAUAUGUGUAAACAAACAUACUUUAAAUAGAUUAAUUUAAACGCCCUUUGUAAGCAGAGAAACAUGUUCUGUGAAAUAGGGAGGGAUUUGACAGUCCCGAGAAGUGCCUUAUGCUCACACCCUUUUAUGUGCCAUGGUGCUCUCUACUGAGACAUCCCUUUGUCAGGUAGAGUUGUUGGACAGAUUCCUUUUUCUUCUUGAAAGAGAGGAGAUGUGCCUUCUCAGAUUUUUGAGAAUUUUGCCUCACAGUUUGGAUGGUUCCAUUUGCAAAAAAAAAAAAAAAAAAAAAAAAAAAUCAUUUAAAAUCUCAAGGACUUUUUUAUGGAUUUCAUAUUUGAGAAGAAAUUGCAGGGAGCAAUAGGGCCCUGCUGCAGGACAGAAACUGGCAUCAGCUGCAAGGGCAUAAAUGAGGCACACAGCCAUGGGAAGACAAUGCCUAUCAUACACAUAUCCGCUUCUGUACAUACUAGUUUUCUUUAAAAGUCUUGUGGUUUUGUACCUCACAUUGUUCAUAUUUUGUACAUAUUUGUUCAGUGUUAAAAAAAAAAAAAAAGGCAAAACCUGGUAUUUAAUUUUUGAUGGACAUAUCUGUGAAAUAAACCUAAACUCUGUAACACUCGC